AUGUACGACGAGAACUCAAACGCCUCAGCCGCCACGGCGACAGUCUCGUCGGCGUCCGCCAUUCCGGGUUCAGCCAUUGGUGGAGGCAACCAGUCGACUCUUGUUACGCAGAUUCUAAAUGCCAAGGAUUCACGCUGGUUGCAGGUUGAAGUAUGCCGAGAGUUCCAGCGAGGUCAGUGCACCCGUUCCGACCAAGAAUGCAAAUUCGCCCACCCUCCCCCACAUGUCGAUGUGCAGCAAGGCCGCGUGACUGCGUGUUAUGAUUCGAUAAAGGCCCGCUGCACACGCGAGAACCCAAAAUGCAAAUAUCUCCACCCUCCACAGCACAUCAAGGAUCAGCUGUUGAUCAAUGGACGGAACAAUUUGGCCAUCCGAAACCUGCUGUGCUCGCAGUUCCAGCCCUCCAGUCAGCCACUUGCUGCCGCACCUGUCAAUCCGUUGGCGCAGAUUAUUGCGGCCCAACAACAAGCCACCCAAGGCCUGACCACAGCCAACAUGAUGCCCCUCGCCUAUCCAUACUAUCAACAGCUCGUCUACCCUCAACUCCUCGACCCCUACCAACAGCAACUCCAGCCCACCGCUGGUCAACAGCAGCUACAGCAGCAUCAGCAACAACAACAGCAUCAGCAGAAUGCACUAGCCAUUGCUGUUCUCCUACAACAACAGCAACAACAGCAAGCGCUGGCUGUUGCUCAGCAGCAAGCGCUAUUGGCAUCCGGGUCUCGAAAACGGCCGCUGGAUGAUGAGCCGUCGGUUGAUGCUACAACUGCCGCCCUCCAGCUCAACCUCCAAUCGGCUGGUGUUCCGGUGAAGAGGGCCGCCAUCGACAAAGCCGGAGGAGCCGGACAGACAGCAGCUGGUGCCAUGCUCUUCCAACAGACCGGACAAAACGGAGCGCAGGGUCAACAAUAUUCCGGAUACAUGCCCGUGCUACCCGGCAUUCCCGGAUAUGUGCCUACCGUUAACUUCAAUGGCCAGGCAGGCGGCAUCCCUCCACGUUUC